AUGACUUGCACCAACAGCACUGCGGAACAACGCAACAAAAAUGCUAGAACAGGGGGAGCAAAUCAAGUCAGUGAACAAAUCAAGUCAGAAACAAAACAUACUAGUGAGCUGAAAGAUAUAAAAAGCAAAGGAAAGAACAAACAGAAAGCAUUGAACUCACCAAGCCAAUCUACUGAGCCUAAACUCACUACUCACGCUGCUGUUCCUAAACCCAGCUCUACUUGUUCUAAGCUUACUAUGCCCCACUCUGGGACUUGUCUUGAUACUGCUGAAUCUGCUUGCAAGAUCAAUGCAAACCCCUCCCUCAAGUCCUCUGGCAUCCAAACCCAUUGCCAAAACCCCAACAAGCCCAAGCUCACAUUGGACACCAACUAUGGAGGUGUCAAGAUCACCGUCAAAGACACCACUGCCGCUCCCACCAGUUUGUCUAGCCCAAACAUCCCUGGUGCAUUCACUAACUACAUUACAGAACUCAACAAAUACUGCAAUGACUCAGGAAGCAAUUACUCCAAUGCAUACAUCCUUGGAACAAGCGCAAAUCAACACAAUUCAGUCACCAACAUCACCUUGUUUUGUUCCCACAUCCCCUUGCUUGUCUCCAACACCUUAUCUAUUAUAUCUGCCCCAACUAUCCCAACCAAACUUGCCUCUGAACUGGCUGCACAGGAGGAACCACAGAUCCCAGCCUUCACCCCAACCAGUGAGUUGGCUGGACAAUUUGGUGAACUCAAACUUACCUCAGAACACUUCCCACUGCCAGCAGAAUUGAUCCUGGAGACCUUCACAAACAACAACCUGCACUGGGUUUUUGCCGCCAACCUUCCAGCAACCAGCAAUAACCCAACCACUGAGGAGGCAUUAUUGGGACUGGACGCAGACAAAUGGAAGGCAGCAAUGGAACAGGAGAUUGCAACCUUGGAGAAACAGGGAACAUACAACACCUCAAUGCUCCCACCAGGCAGGAAGGCAAUGGGAUGCCAAUGGGUACUCACAAUCAAACAAAACAAGGAGGGCCAACCCAUCCAAUACAAGGCGCAACUAGUUGUGCAAGGUUACAGCCAACAGCCAGGUAUCAACUAUGGCCAAACAUUUGCUCCAGUGGUAUGUUUAGAUUCUAUCCAUAUGCUCACAUCACUGGCCAAUCAAAAUGAUUGGGACAUCCAACAGCUUGACGUUACAUUGGCGUACUUACAUGCCAAUGUCAAAGAAGAGCUUUACAUGCGUCAAAUACCAUACUUUGACAACAGAUCCAGCAAUGUUCUGCGCCUACGCCAAUCACUAUAUGGCCUUAAACAAGCCGGACGCAUGUGGAAUUACGCCUGUGUGUACCAUUGGAUCAUGGAUAUAUCCAGCAAACUCUACGUAUUGAUUGUUGCUGUCCAUGUCAAUGACUCAAUCAUUAUUACAACCCCCAACAACACCAACUUUGUAGUAUCCAAAUUACUUUGCAAAUUUGAGAUGCGCAACCUUGGACCCAUACAGCAUUUUUUAGGUAUACAUUUCAAACAGUAUAGACAACAAGGCCUUAAAGAUGCAUACCCAGCCAAUACUCCAAUGAGCCCAAAUGUGCAACUUACACAAUAUGAUGGAAUUAAGCCAAAAUUCCCAUACGGCAUAUUUGUUGCAAUCAAACAAGUUAUACGUUACCUUAAAGGAACAUCAUUCCUUGGGCUAUUGUAUAAGCAAUUGGAGACCAAAGUUGGAUACAGAGAAGUUGGCUACUCUGAUGCCAAUUGGGGAAGUAACUUACUUGACUGUAAGUCUAUUUCCGGCAAUGUAUACUUAUUGGGCAGAGCUGCCGUUUCUUGGUCUGCUAAGAAGCAACCAACGGUUGCAUUAUCAACCAUGGAAGCAGGGUACAUGGCAUUAUCACACACAUGUACUCAGGCAAUUUGGUUCCGUCAAUUUUUCCAGGAACUAUAUUACCCAGCUGACGCUCCCACACUCUUACUUUCAGACAACCUUGCCGCCCUAAUGUUAUCCGUUGAGUUGCAGUUCCACAGUUGUUCAAAGCACAUCAACAUUUGCCAUCACUUCAUGCACAAUACUAUUGAGAAGCGUAUGAUCUCUACGCUGUAUGUGCCAUCAAACAAGAACCUAGCUGAUGCACUUACUAAAGCCCUACCAGCACCGCAAUUUAAUUACCUGACAAACGCAAUUAUGGGCAAACAGGUAUUUGAAGGACCCAAAGAGGAAGAAGCAGAUUAG